AUGUUCACACAUGGGAGAAAUCAAAGGCCAAGGACUUUAGGUUUUUCUGUUCCAAAUGAAAAGAAUAAAGCAGAUAGGGGCAGUUCAUAUGCUUUCGCUGAUGAUCACAAUGAGCAUUCCAAGGAUCCAGAUGUGGUAGCUCUCGCCUCUAGUUUAAGCUCACAAGCCUACUUUUAUCCAAGUUCUGAGCACCCAGGAAACCGAGGAUCCCUUCUUGACAAGCUAAAGGCAGUUCACUUACAUGUAUUAGCAUCAGAACAAUGCAAUGCUUCUCAGCUUGAACUAUGCCGUAGAAAUUACUUGGUCAGUGCAACAAAUUUAAUACAUUACCUGGCACUGAAAUGUCUUGAUCUAGAGAAGCUCCAAGAAGAUCUCUCUUCUGUUGGUCUUUUCAAUUUGGAGACUAUCAAUUCUAAUGUUCUUGCAAGUCUUACUGCAGGCAUCCAAUUGCUAGAAAAUUUGAAAUCUAACACCGAGAAGAUCAAAGAGAAUACUGCUCCAGGGAUUGACUCUCAAAAAAGACUGGACCAACAAAAGAACGAGAAGUUCACAAUGCAUACAAUGAAGAAGAAGGUAUUGUCUAAUAGUGAGUUAUUAUUGGGUCCACUACAAGAUGGCAUAAAUACUCAUAUAAUGGUAACAGUUGGCCAAGAAGCUAUUGAGAGUGAUACACUUACCAACCUUAUCAAGACGGGGACCUCUAUUAUACGGAUUAAUUGUGCACAUGGAAACCCAAGUGUUUGGAGGGAGAUAAUCAGAAGAGUGAAAAGAAGCUCUCAAAAGCUGGAGAAACCAUGUCAAAUUCUCAUGGAUUUAGCUGGACCUAAGCUCCGAACAGGCAAACUGAUGCCUGGUCCAUGUAUGGUGAAGAUAUCUCCCAAGAAAAAUGCUACUGGAAAUAUGAGCUUCCCUGCUCAAGUGUGGCUGUGUCAUAAAGGCAUUCCUCCUGCUCAUUUAACUCCUGAUGCAGUUCUCUUCAUAGAUAGCCAAAAAUUUCCGAGCAUGCUCCAGGUAGGUGAUACCGUGGGAUUCCAUGAUGUUAGGGGAAGGAAACGGAUGCUUAAGAUUUCUAAGAGGUUUGGUGUCUUUUCUGGCACUGGGUAUGUUGCUGAGUGUACUAGGACUGCUUAUGUUCAAUCUGGAACUAAAUUGCAUGUUAAGAGAAAAAAUGGGAAGCUCCAUAUUGGACGAGUAGUGGAUGUCCCUGCCAUGGAUCCGUUUAUAAGAUUGAGAGUUGGAGACUUACUAGUAAUAUCCAGAGAGAGCUUAUGUGAACAGGAUGAAUUGCCUGGGCCAACAUGUUGUGCUCAUAGAAUAGGUUGUUCUUCUGGCUUUCUAUUUGAUUCUGUCAAAAUUGGAGAUCCCAUUGCUUUUGAUGAUGGAAAGAUUUGGGGAGUAAUCCAGGGAACUAGUAUCUCCGAGAUUCUUGUCUCAAUCACUCAUGCUGGUCCAAGAGGUGCUAAGCUUGGAUCUGAGAAAUCCAUCAACUUUCCAGAGAGCAAUGUAUGGGUUGAAGGCCUCACUUCCAAGGAUCUUAUGGAUCUUGAUUUUGUUGCCGCUCAUGCUGACAUGGUUGGGGUUUCAUUUGUCCGAGAUGUUCAUGAUAUUGUCAUGCUCCACCAAGAAUUGGAGAAGCGGAAGCUUCGGAACCUAGGAAUUGUUCUCAAGAUUGAGACAAAGAGUGCAUUUGAGAAACUGCCUCUCAUGCUGUUGGAGGCAAUGAAGUCUCCCAUUCCUCUGGGGGUGAUGAUUGCUAGAGGAGAUCUUGCGGUUGAGUGUGGGUGGGAAAAGUUGGCUGAUAUGCAAGAGGAAAUUCUAUCUGUUUGUGGCGCUGCGCACAUUCCAGUUAUUUGGGCAAGUCAAGUCCUGGAGUCAUUUGUCGAGUCUGGUGUGCCUGCCAGAGCUGAGAUAACCGAUGUGGCCAAUGGAAGGAGGGCAAGUUGCAUCAUGUUGAACAAAGGAAAACAUAUUGUGGAGGCUGUUUCAUUCUUGAAUGGGAUCUUACACAGAAGCUCCAUAAAGAUGAAGGAAGAAUUGGAGCCUCUUGUACUGUCCAGCCACCUGUUUUAGUGUAAGCCCAUCUGCUCAUAUUCAGUAGAUAAUUCUCCUUGUAUUAUAUGCAGCAACAUUCGAGGGUCUCAAUCCAUACAUAUUCCUUGCUUACAUCAAAGUCCUUUUUUUUUUAAAAAAAAAAAAAAUUGCUUAUUUUUUAUGUGCAGUAGUAAUUAAUUUGCACCUGCAUUUAGCAUGUGGAAACCCUGAUGAUCAAUUAUUUGCUUGGAUUGAUCAUUAUUAGCAUAGUUUUUGGGGUUUUAGUUGGCCAGGGAGAGAUUAUCCAUCUGGGCUACAAUUGAUAAAAAAUGUGUAGUGUUGGGCGUUUGUAGCUAUUGUUCGACUUGUGACAGAUAUCGGAAACGGACGCGUUCUAUAUAUUGACAGACAACGGGCUUGUGAUAUAUCCAGUAGAA